AUGGCGAGGAAACAAUCCUGUAAAGCCUGGAGUUUCAUCACUUGCGAUAUCCAACACAAGAUCAGAGCCGUCAAUUUGACAAACCUAAAUCUCACGGGAACCAUCUCGACUGCCUUCGGCAAUUUAAGUGAUUUGCGAGAACUGCAUCUUAGUGGGAACAAUUUAAGCGGAUCAAUACCUGAAAGUUUGACAACCCUGUCACAACUCGAGAUUCUGGAUGUCUCCAACAACAACUUAUCAGGGAUCAUUCCUAUAUUCUCGCCUAACAUGGUGCUCAUCAAUACUGCAAAUAAUGCUUUUCUUGUUGCGCAUUCUCCAACUAGAACUAGACCACUUUAG